GAUAAAAAGACUCCAAUGGGCGACCGACCGGCCGACAUGGGAACUCAAUUCAAGACUGCGGGGAACGUCUGCAAGGCUAGCGGCAGAGUCCCCACUGCCCAGUCAAUCACGUCGUCAAUUGCAUUCAAUUCGCCCGGGGGCGAGUUGAAUUUUCCAUGGCCAUUAUCAUCGAGACCAACCAACAAAGGAAAGAUCGACAAAGAACUUACCGAGACUGAACGGAUUGAGUCGAGUGAAGAGUGCGGCGAUGAUGAUGGAGUGGGGAGGUAUGAUGUUUUUGUUCACACAGAGACGGCGAGGAUUGGGGGAAGGGAUUGAAGCAAUGAAAGGAAAGUGUUCGACGAAAAGCGUGAGAGAAAAAAAAAAGGAGGGGGGAAAAUGGAAGAUUGGAGAGCCGAGUGGGGCGAAGCGGAUGGCAAUUUAGCUCUGUAGCAGUGAUUGCCGCUUUUGCUGCGCCUUUGGCUCAAAUUUUGCGCGCGGCCACUUUUUUGGUAGAGAAUUUAAUUAGUCUCCUCCUUUUAUUCUGCGAAUUAAUGAGGGAAUUGAAUGUCCCAAUUAGUGGGCGGAUUUUCGAUAAUUAAUUUCUAAUCGUUGACAAAACUGUCCGGCGGGAAGAUUAAACAACUUUCCUGUCAAAUUCUCUUUCUGCUCCUCUUGGCUGUCCUCGAGGAGGAUAUAUAAUAACGAAUUAAUAAGCGAUUUGUUGUUAUCUCAGGUGCCUUUGAUUCCUAAUUUUUUGUAAAUAUUAUCACUAAAAAUAUUGAUUUAUCACCAAAUUUUUGUUUAUAUUCCGUAGUUUUUUUUUAUGACAACUAUGCAUCAAGUUUUCAUCCUCCUUAAGAGUUUAUUCUAUCAGUCAUGUUGUGUUUUAUCAUCUUUUUUAGUUCUAUCACAAAAUCCUACCACUAUGAUAAGACAUAUUGUAUCACUAUGAUCGGAAUUAUAUCAUGUCGGAUAAAUAAGAGUAAUUUAGUAUAUUAUUUAUGAUACAAUCACAAAUUACUCAAAAAAGAAAACUAAACAUAAUUUGUUUCUAAGGGAAACUUAUUACAAGAGUGAAACCUCCUUAGUCGCAUAGUUAGACAUUUUGGUGCUAAACGGAAACUAUUUUCUUCUUUUGGUCGAAAAAUGGAUAAGAUUUUAAAAGAAUGCGACAAUGACGUCCUAAAUGUGUUUUAUUUUGUGAAUCUUCUUAUCUAUAAGUUGACUCCCCAUAAUAUAAGCAUGUGAUAUCUCUUGACACAUGAAGUCAAAGACAAUAUCAAUAUAAAAGAGAUGAAGCAAACAAUAUUAUCAAUACACUCCAAGUCAAAGAUAAUAAAUAAAAAUUGUGUAAUAUUAUUCCUCAAAGUAAAAAAGAAAAUACCAUAAAUAUAUCGCCCGUCUGUAGUAUUUGGCUAUUUUCUCUUUGACAAUUAUUAUACACUAGCCUAUUACCCGGCCCGUUGGCCGGAUUAGUGUAUGUUACCCACUUGUGGAAUAGGAGAAAAAGCAAGUGAGAGUAGAAGGAAUUGGGAUUCCACUUGCUUAGGACCGACCCACUAAUCUGAUUCUUCCCGACCCGCCCCAACCUAAAGGGUCAGAAAGAGUCAAUAAGAAAAUACGAACGGAGAGGAUUAGUCAUAUAUCUUGAAUCUUCAUAAGUGGGUCGAACAGGAUCAAGGUUGGGUGAGGGGAAUUUUUAGCGCUAAGCAGAGUUCUUGUUGAAUAACUUUACUUAGGCCUAGAAAUUGGUGCUGAUGCAGACUGCAGUUUUUAUUAUACCAUCAUCAAUCAUCAUUGAAUUAGUCCUGGGCAUCCCUCCCCGUUGUCGGUCUGAAUUCUAAUGAUGGCUUCGUUCCUUGCACCAGCCAUAUCGGCGAGUUGUCAUCUCGAGCAUGAUUUGCCUAUGUACAAAUGAUACAAUUAGAGUAUGAAACUGAAUUCAAAGAAAGGAAAAGAGAAUUCUAUCACAUGCCAAUAAAUACACGCAUAAUAGUGAAGCUAAGUGAAAGUCAUUACUCGCAAAUCAAUUCUCAAAAAUUACAGACUAAACAAUGGCUAGAAUGGCACUGAAACUACCAAGAAUCAUGGACGAAACAACUUGUCAAAUUAAAUAAUCCUUAUACUCAAAACUACCUUCUAACUUGAAAUAGGACAUGAUCACAGUUCAUAGCUCUCUUCUCACUAUGAAUUGGUUGCAGCUCGUCCUUAUCACUGCCUCUCAAGCUCAAUUCCAACAGAAUAGAGACAGUUAUGUAAGGUAACCAUAUCCUUGCUGAUCAUAAUUCCUUUCUUCACUCCAUUUUUGUCAGAGAAAAGAGUUAAACCCCUCUCCUGCAUUUCCCUUUCCCCCUCUCUUCUCCCUCUUCUUCACAAACCGAUCCCUAAACCAGCAACAACAACACAAAAAUAGCCUUCGCCUCUGCCAUCUCCAUCUACUGAACGCGUUGGUGGCAAGAUAGGACCGCAGAAGCAAAAUUUUCUAAAAUCAAACUAAAUUUUUUGAAGGAGACCUAACCACGAAAAAAGAGUAAAGCAACAAUGCUAAUAGUUCAGAUGGUUGGUUUUGAUGUUAUACAUUGCUUUUGUUCUGGUCUCCAGUAUAUCAACUGCACGAUUUAGAAGCAAGUCCUCCUGUUUGUGUCAAACGGAAACAUUCAUGGGUUCUUAACUCCCCUGUUAGUGUAAAAGCAGCAGCAGCGGCAAAGAAGUUUGACAACACAGCAAGCACCCAGGCAAAAUGAUACAAUGUAGUAGGUGAUAUGUGUCUCGAAGGUUUUGAGUUACUAAAGUUCAUGUUAAAAAUAAACAUGAAUUAAAAUGGAUUAUUCUAUUAAGCAAACAUCCCCUCUAAUCAUACAAAUAUCAUAUAUCCAAUUCACAAACAAUUAAGCCAUAAAAAAUAUCAUACAUCCAGCACCUUUGAUUGCCUAAAUUUGGUUUUUCGCAAAGUUAUGGACUCUUAAGGGUAACGUUCAUGGGUAGUCUGUUUCAUAACUCUAGAGAGCACAGUAAGCAGCCACCAGCCAGACACAGUGCGGUAGGCGAAUAUGAUUCUCAACUCACAAUUUCUCACCACCAGAAGUAAGAACAGACCAUAAUAAGCGUAACAUUCAUGG